AUGUGUAAGAAACAAUCAGUAGAAUGUCAGUACAAAUGGUUGAAGAGAUUUUUAAUUGUGUCUAAUUCAUUAAAUUUGGUAUUUGGUACAUGUUUAAUUGUUCUGGGCAGUUAUGUACAUCUAUUUCUGAGUACAUUUUUACGUAAUAUGCCAGUUCAUAUGUUAUCAUUGACAUUUAUCAUGAUGGCACUUGGAUGUCUUUUGUUCUCACUUGGUAGUAUUGGUAUAUUAUUCGUUUUCACUGGACGUCGAAGAAUUAAUGCACUUUAUACAGUACUGUUGAUAGUGGCUGCAUCAAUCAGUAUCAUUGUUAUUGUAACGACAUCCAUUUUGCGCAAAAAGAUGGAUAUGAUGUUUCGAGAUAUCAUCAAAGAUUCUAUCAACCAGUAUACUAGGAAAAAUAGUUAUGCAGCAUUUGUGAACACAAUACAAUUGCAGCAUAAAUGUUGUGGUGCAAAUUCAGUCAUGGAUUAUACUGUGAGUAAUCUCUCAGUACCAGUAUCAUGUUAUCCUGACAAAGCCAAAAUACCGCAUAAAAAAGGUUGUGCGAGAAUGCUUAACGCGAUCGUCCAAUGUCAUUUAACUUACAUCACUUCAUUACUGGUCGUGUUUUUACCGAUGGACAUAGCCUCAAUGGUUUGUGGUAUACUUAUGUUACACAAAGUGAAAUCUGUCCCAUGGGAAACAAGAUUUGCUCAUUGUUGA